GGCUCCAGGCUAGUUAGCUGGUAGUGGUGUAGUCAUGUAAGAAACUGAGAGUAAUGCUAACUUGGGUGCAGUAGUUAGAGGGUUAAUCAAAGGCGUAUUGAAGCUUAAAGGAAGGAUUGUGGAGUACGAAAUCCAGCCAGGUGUCCCAAAAAGAGGGUAAAACCUUGCGGAUCUUGGACCUUUGAUAUUUGAGAACAUCUGGUUAGCUGGCUAGCUGGGGAGUUCACGAAAAGUAACGCCAAGGCUUGUUUCAUACAGCCAUGUCUUCGGCCGGAGACUUCGGAAACCCUCUAAGAAAAUUUAAAUUGGUCUUUCUCGGCGAACAGAGUGUGGGGAAGACUUCGCUGAUCACCAGGUUCAUGUAUGACAGCUUCGACAACACAUACCAAGCCACAAUAGGAAUAGAUUUCCUGUCAAAAACCAUGUACCUUGAAGACAGAACAAUCAGGUUGCAGUUGUGGGACACGGCGGGGCAAGAGCGCUUUCGUAGCCUCAUCCCGAGUUACAUCAGAGACUCUGCUGCAGCUGUUGUUGUGUAUGACAUCACAAAUGUCAACUCCUUCCAGCAAACCACAAAAUGGAUUGAUGAUGUGAGAACAGAGAGAGGAAGUGAUGUCAUUAUCAUGUUGGUGGGGAACAAGACAGACCUUGCAGACAAAAGACACAUAACCACAGAGGAAGGAGAACAGAGAGCGAAAGAGAUGAAUGUUUUGUUUAUUGAAACAAGUGCAAAGACAGGCUACAAUGUCAAACAGCUGUUCCGUCGUGUGGCAGCCGCCCUGCCUGGCAUGGAUACUACCCAGGACAAAAGUAGAGAGGACAUGAUUGACAUUAAACUGGAGAAGCCACCAGAGCAACCUGUCAGUGAUGGAGGCUGUCCCUGCUAAUGCCAGCCUAUGCCAUGGCUAAAUAUUUCUCCUUCUGGCUUUUCCUCAAUCCCAGUUGGUAUUUCUGUACCUGUACCCGUCACUACACCCGCCUAUCUCCCAGCCUGAAAAACAACACUACAUUCUUGCCAUUCUGGAAACAUGCACUCUCAUCAAGGUGUUCUGAAAAGUCAUUUAAAUUGAAUGUUUGCACUGUAACACACACACACAACAGUAUUCACAGCUGGAGCUCAGCCUUAUUCACUGAGCUCCUGUUGUCUGGCAUUUCAGAUGGAAAUGGUGGCAGAAGACUGACUCAUAUUGCUGUAGUUUGUGUCUAAAGAUGACUUUUUGAACCAAUCUUAAAAAAAUGUUUGACAUCAAAUCAAGCUAUGUGUUUCAGUGAGGAUUUUCUUUGAAAAGUAAAAUGUUUCUUUUAGCGUCAUAAGCACAAUGUGGAUGUGUGCAUUUGUCAGUUAACAUAGUUUGUGCACUUGCAAUUGACUGGCUAUUUAUUCCUAAAUUGUGUUGUCAGCAAACCAUUAUUUUUAAACUGUUUGGAGUAAUAUGUGGAAAUGGUUGCAGUUGGUUGAAGUAAACAUUAUCAUAUCUGGGAGAUCGCAUUGCUGACAUAUUCUACGUACUCAUGAUGCAGCUGUAUUUCACAGUGGCAGCCAUGAGCUUGAGCUGCCUGUACCAGCAGAAUCACAGUUCUCCCACUAUAGACCAGCAUGAUAUGACAGGCACACAGCACCACUUGGUCACAAACCAGCACAAACACAUGACCCCUACUAUAAGAACAACCCUAUCACUACACAAUCUACAUUUGUCCUUCCUCUUUUCCCACACUUGUUUCUUGAGAUGAGUUAUUUUUACAUUGGCUUCCAUUUUCUAUUACCUUUUAUUUGGAUAUAUCUUCUUUUUUGAGACUACAGCUGUGGUAGAAUAAAAGUCUUUGAUAGUGUUUGAGGAAAAUGUUCCCAUGUUUUAAGAGUCAUAAUCACAAAACCCAACAUAAACAUUAGAUGUGAUCUAUGCCUUUUGGGAUUUAAUUGUAGAGGGUUUUCUUGGCUUUGGAUUUAGCUAGUUAAGUUUGGUAUGAUGUUUUAUGAACACUUUACAGAUUGUUUGCUUGUUUUAUUAUUAUUUUUUUGGCAUUGAUCAUUUGUUAAUGAUUAUACUACAUGUGUAUUUAAUCCACAAUGACCUGUAAUAUUUAUUUCUGUUGGAUUCAUGCAUCUUUUUUAUGGCUGUUAAUAUCCUCUUCUGGUAUGAGUCCAGAAUUGCUGAAAUAUGCAUCCAUCUGGACCACCUUUAACAGAAUCAGUAGAGGGCAUUGGCUGCUCUCUCUACCACCUCUAAAUGGAAACUUCAUACUGAUAAUACCGUGCAAUUUUUGUGAUCUUAUGGAGGGCAGUCUGAUUUGUAUAGUGUAGGAGUCCUUAACGUUUGUCUGAAAUGAUUUUAAAUGAAAGAAUAAAAAUAAACUUGUCACCACUGUUA